CCUGGCCUCCCGCUACCCAAAAUAUGCCAACCAUUUUUCAUGUGCAAUAAGGUUGUGUUGCCCGACUGUGGUCAACUUUCGUACCCGCGCCGGACUAUCAUAGGUCCAUGUUGACCGAGAUCGUGAGCUGAGUUUUGUCGGGAGGAUGGCCAGGGUACCGCCGAGAGAAUACGAGCUCGAAACCGAUCUCUACGGCGUGAACUAUCCGCAGUCAAAGGGCGCAAAAAGAAGAGGACCGUUCAAGCCUUCUGACGGGAGCUUCUCGGACACAAGCGAUAACAGCAUCAUUCGCCAGGGUUCGGCAGAAUCAUACAACAGUCGACCCUCAGAGUCGGACAUCUCGUCCCAAGAUGAGGACAGGGAGGCACUGCGGCGUGAGUCUGAGAAGCAGGCUCUCACCCAGCUAGAGAAAGCAAGGACAAAGCCAGUCGCCUUUGCAGUACGAACAAACGUGGGAUAUGAUCCUAUGGCCGAUGAUGACUCGCCUGUGCAAGGCAAGGCAGUCAGAUUUGAGGCCAGAGAUUUUUUACAUAUAAAAGAGAAAUACAACAACGAAUGGUGGAUCGGUCGGUUGGUGAAGGAAGGAUGCGACGUGGGGUUUAUACCAAGUCCUGUCAAACUAGAGAACAUUAGGUUACAGCAGUCUGCAGCACAAAACCGCUCUAGGAUAUACUCAAGCAAAGCAAGUGACAGAGAAUCAGCCUCAGAGUCAGAGCUCCUCACCGUUGAGGGGACAGGGAAUUAUAGACUUUCGUCUGUAGAAGGUCUGGACUCAGAGCAGAACGGGGUUGACCUUGGCGAGGACAGUGACUCCCUCAGCAACGUGCGGAGGUCAACCCAAAGUGUCACCACCCCAAGCCUCACAACCCCCACCAAGAAGGAGAAAAGACCUUUCUUUAAAAAGGGACAGACUUUGAUCAAACAGCUUCCUUCGAAAAAGCAAGCCGAUGCUCUGGUAUCACAGCUAUCACAGGUGGAGAACAUUCCCCCUUAUGAAGUAGUGCCUUCCAUGAGACCUGUAGUAUUUGUUGGGCCUUCCCUUAAAGGAUAUGAGGUGACAGAUAUGAUGCAGAAAGCGUUGUUUGACUUCCUAAAGCAUAGGUUCGAAGGGAGAAUAGUAAUUACUCGAAUUACAGCAGAUGUAGCUAUGGCAAAACGAUCAAUAUUAAACAACCCCAGUAAACGUGCAAUAAUGGAGCGAUCCAACAGUAGAUCACAAUCGAUAGCGGAAGUCCAGGCGGAGAUUGAGAGGAUAUUUGAGCUGGCACGCUCCCUGCAGCUGGUGGUUCUGGACUGUGACACCAUCAACCAUCCCGCCCAGCUGGCCAAGACGUCCUUGGCUCCGCUGGUCUGCUACGUCAAAAUAGGCUCCCCCAAGGUGUUGACCAGGUUAAUUAAGUCCAGAGGGAAGUCCCAGAGCAGACACUUGAACGUGCAGCUGGUGGCAGCAGACAAACUGGCACAGUGUCCGCCUGAAAUGUUUGACGUAAUCUUGGAUGAGAACCAACUAGACGAGGCUUGCGAACACUUGGCAGAAUACCUGGAGGCAUACUGGCGGGCAACCCACCCACCGCUGCCCAAGCCGGACGUCCCACCCGGCCCCCUCCCCACGGCCGAACUGGCGAGGAAAAUACAAAACACACCAUCGUCUCGCCAGGGUCCCGACCUCGUGCAUGAUGACCGUUCGCCUCGCUCGCCGCGGAGAGGACCCCCGCCCCAUGACCUUCCAACCAGCCAUAGUCCCGAGUACAACGCAAACUCCCGGGUAGAUAGGACACACAUUGACAAUCAUCCCGAGCCACACCUCGACCGCCACGGCCACAGGGACCUCGGGGGCCACAGAGACAUGAGAGAUCCUCGGAGAGAAGUCAGCCUGAGUAGAGAGAGACUUCCACAUUCGCCUUCCCGCUCACAUAACCGCUCGCCGGCCCGAAACCAUCCCAUGCGAGAACCCCGAGAAAUCGCCACCUAGUCCAGGGCGAGCACUGGUAGUUCCGAGUAGUUGACAUUUUGUUUCAUGUAUCCAGCUCCAUAUGUCGGCUGGCAAAGGAAGAGUUUAUAUUCAGUGGACAAUGGGACAUCAUAACUUAUGGUCAGAAGAGAGGGAAGCGAUGACAAAUACGACCAAACCGUUACGUUUCUGGUAUUCAAACCUGGAGGAGUAGGCACCUAGGUUGCUCUGGAAAGUAAUGUCCAUCGUUUUCGUCAAGGAAACAAGGCUGCUUUCUUGCCAGCUGAGGUUCACUGUUCCUUUCUCUAGGGACAGUUACCUCUACAAAGAUGUUAGCAGGCUUCAAGUCUGGCCUACAGGACAAAAACAUGGCUCCCAUUCUGAUACGAGUACCGUGUAAAGAUUAGGAAUGGGGUUGUCGGGUACUUGCGUUUGCGAGCCAAGAGCAGAAAGGGCAAAGCUGAGGUCUUUGAUUUCUACUGGUGAAAGAAGAGGUUACCAGUAGAGCAGCAGGUCAUGCAUAAGAAAUGAAAAAAAAGAAGCAGGCACUUGCAUGAAAGCAUCAGUCCACAAAGCCAAGAAGAAAUGAAAUGAAAAUGAGGCAUGUAGAAUCUAUAUGUGUAAGGUGUGAGACAACAGCCUUUUGAAACACUUGUACAGCUACAAUCAUUGUAUUACUUUCAAAUCAAGACAAGCCAUGUAUAUGUGCUUUUGUUAAAAACACACACACACACAGGAUGAAAUCCAUGGUACCCACAAGGAAUCUCAGUGUGUGGGAAAAUGCCUGACUAGUCAUUGUAGACCAGUGACAUUAAAAUUAGUGGCCUCAGACUUCUUUGCUAAAUACAAAACCUGUAGCAUUGGAUAGUUUUUUUGGGUGCAACAUGUGUUCUGGAAGAGCAAGAAGGCAAGUGUUUUCACUGACUACUUCUGAAAAUCCACCGUACCAAGGAACUGAAAGUAUAAAAUGAUUUUGUGAGGGCUUGUUGUUUUGUGCUAGUGCUUUGUUCACUGGCAGAAUGUGUUGGUGAUUCUAAGGUAACCAGAAAAUUUUUGACUAAAGGAUUCAGCUUGUACAGGAACACAGCCUGCUUUCCAGCUAAGAACAAUGAUCUUGAUGUAGCGUAAAUGUAGAUUAAAUGCAGCUGUUGGGGUCUAUUUGUUGACUUUUGGCACUGGUGACACAGGCCUGUCCAAGCACACUUACACAUUUAAAUUGAUGAUGCACAAACGUAUCAGCCAUGUGUGGUCUCUAUUUGCAGGGCAGUAUGAAGAACUCAAUGAUGUGCUGAAGUAUAGAAAAUGAAAAAAAAAAAUACACAUACAUGUUUUGUUCAGAGCACCUAGGUACACCUGCUCCUCCUGUAUACUUCUUAGCCAUAUGUAGAGGUCAAAGGUGAAGGGGUAAACAGAACUAUGCUGUGCUUCCUCGGUUUGAACAUUUGUAUUUGAGUCUUUCUUUUGUUCUGGUCUACCUCGAUUCAGUUGAGGCUAAUGUACAUAUGAAAAAAAAAAUUGGCAUUUCUUCCAAUUAUUGUGAAGCACCGCAGAAGAGGAAAUUGUUUUUUGUGAUAAACAUUGCACCUUAAAUGAACAUGACAAUUUGAGGGCUGGUGAGAUAUCAUUUUCUUUGUUUUUGAAAUAUCUAAAACUGUAUUAUAGGAGAUAUUUUAUUUAAGGUAUUACAACAGGGGCAAUGUUACUCUUGAGGUGCGCCACAUUAAACUGUAUCAAAUGGCUCUGCCCCAAAGGUGUCGCCAAAAAAAUUUGAAGUGUGGCAGAGAUACCCAAGAAACUUUUACAUGCUGGUUGUGGACAUUUAUACCCAGAGUUCUGUAGGGAGGGUGAUGUAAAAUAUUGUCACUGCAUGCCCUCGGCAAGUUCAUUGUCACUUUACAAAUUACAAUUAACGAGAAUGGCAUGCUUGUGUACAGAGUAGUCAUGACCAUUAUUGACGAAGACGUAAUGAACAUUUGUACUCCCACGGUUUUGGUUUUCUUUCUUAGAUAAUAACAUGGUGGGAUGAAGAUGUGACAUGGGGAAUACCUACAGAGACAACAUUAUAUUAAAAAGGCUCUGCCCCUGAGGCAUUGCCAAAAAGCAAGCUAUGUUUGUUCACAAUAGCAAGAAUUCUGCUGCUAUACCAUAACCUGUGGCUUAACCAUUAUCCCAUGGGGUGUUUUUUUCUUGUUAUUUUUUGGAAGUACCAUGCCGCUGUGUUUUUUGCCUUUGAUUCCAAGUUUUGUAUGUCAAGCUUGUUUAUUUAUGACGCUUAAACAUAUUGAUAAGGAGAGGGAAUACAUAAUAUAUUUUAUUGUAAUUUUGUACUUUAGUGGUUAACAGAACGGUUAAGGGGUCAACUGGUUGUGUUUUUGAAAUCAUGAUUUUUUGCAGGAGUUGGCUGUAUAUACUAGAUAUGCAUAGUAUUGUGGUAUUUAAAUGCAAGGGGAAGAAAAGAUAUUGGGAUUUACAUUGUAGUGAAGUGGGGAAAAUGUUUAUCAGGUUUUAAAAACUAGGCCUUAAUAUCGCCAAAGAAGAGUUACAUGGAGUUACAGUUUCUUUGUUACUGCCUUUGAGGUACUUAAGGAAAGAAAAAAAAAGGCAAAUACUUAUGUUGGACAUAGUGAUGAGGCAGCAGAAAUCAUGCUCAUAAGAAUUAUGUCUGAAAUUUCUCUGGAGAUUCUACCAAGUGUGGUAUUGAUAUGAGGAGAGUUUUUCUUGGUACAAACCUAUGAAUGUCUUAGUACAAAAUUAGUGGAAAAUGAAUAUAUUAGUGGUAAAGGCUCUCACCAUCAGUUGAAAGAAUUUUUAAUGGUAUGCAUUUGCUUUAGCACAAAGAAUACAUAAUCUGCAUAAAAAUUUGUAUCUGGAUUGUUUUUUGAAUGACAUGGGCUGGUUAUCAGUAUAGUAGAUACCUUGCAUGGUAUAGCGGUAGGGUAGGGGUAUCAGAAGAUCUUGAAACAAGAUUUGAGGAUGGACGUUGCGACUUCAUAGCUCCUAAGGGGAUUGUUAACUGUUUCCAAAAAAUUGCAUGCGCGUCCUCAAUGGAGUUCACAGUAACCACGUCAUAUGAACAUAUUAAAGAAAGAAUUAUCACACAGUAGUAUUUUGCUGGGGCUCUAGUUGAUAAGUGAUCAUGGCCUUGCCAUUGAUAACAAAUACCUGUAGUUAUUGAGAUAUGGAUGUCACCAAACUUUUGUAACACACUGUAAACUGUACUGGUGGGUAAAACACAUUGUGUGCCGCAACAAACCCACACCUCCUUUUCCUGCUAUCCUGUAUACAACCACAUUUUCCCGGAACUGUAUUAUGAAUAUGUACAAUGAAUCGUCAACUGAGCACAGUAGGUCUGUUAAAAAACAGCAUACUUUUAAACAGACAAUGAUCUGCAAAGAAAUACCAUCCCCAAACCAACCGAUUGGUUAGAAUAACCCUGGCAUCGACCACUAGUUUUACAACAUCUUAGCUGUUUGAAGGCCUGCUGUGCCAGUUGAUACUACAUGGACACUUUGCAAACUUUCCCAAGUCUCUGUGCACUUAAACCUAUAUCCACUCUCAGCUUUCUUGAAGAUUCACCUAUUUAACCAUGUCUUCUACUGUAUUUCCAAAAAUGGAAGGCAUUCUCUUUUCCUGGAUUUGUAAAUAAAUUUUCAACA